UUUGGGUGGAGAGGAAUUUCGACUUGUUGACCUUGUUGUUGAAUGAGUUCAGAAUCCAGCAGCCCGAUGAAGUAUUGGAUUUUUAUAAUAUAUAAUUAUUUAAAAACAUUUUGCUGGCCAACCGCCUAGAGCAGAAUUGAGCCGAAAUACACGUAAUGUGUAUGAUCCGAAAUUUAAUGAAUUUAUCAUAAACACAUCAUAAAUACCCCAUUCCUGUCAUUUGCCAGUUAGUUCUCCUUGGCAGAGCAAAGUAGGUACUUGUAUUGAGUGUUUUAAAUUGUUUUUGGCAAACUUGCCUUUUAUCAAUUUGUGAACGAAAUGGCACCCAAAUAUAAGCUCACCUACUUCGAUAUUACUGCUUUCGCUGAACCAAUUAGGUUCCUCCUAAGCUAUGGCCAACUUGAUUUCGAAGACAGACGUUUUGCUGUAGACGGUAUCGAGUGGCCUUCUAUUAAACCGACCACUCCUUUCGGCCAAGUACCACUUUUGGAAUAUGAUGGAAAAGUGGCUCAUCAGUCAAUUGCCAUCAGCCGUUAUCUCGCUAAGCAAGUAAAACUGGUAGGAAGCAACGAUUGGGAAGACUUGGAAAUCGAUGCUGCUGUUGAUACCAUCAUUGACUUACGCACAAAGAUCGUUGCUUACGGCUAUGAAAACGACGCUGCAGUCAAAGAGUCAAAGAAAAAACCAUUGUUUGAGGAAAUUCUUCCAUUCUAUCUUGAAAAGUUAGAAGCACAAGUACAGAAAAAUAAUGGCUAUUUGGCUACUGGAAAAUUGACCUGGGCUGAUUUGUACUUCGUCGCUCUCUUGCAAUACUUCCAGUUUAUGCUUGGAAAGGAUUUAGUGGAAAACUCACCAAAUUUGCAAAAACUUAAAGAGAAAGUACUCGCAUUACCCAACAUCAAAGCCUGGGUAGAAAAACGUCCCAAAACUAAAUUCUGAAUUGAAUUUACUCGUUCCUUGUGAAUUUACUCCUUAUGGAAAAAAUCAAAAGUAUUUUUAAAUUUGUUCUACAUUUUAUAAUAAAUAAAUUAAAGUGAAGACACUUCGUUUAUA